AUGGCGGAAGCAUCGGUUACGGAUGAUGAACGCGCCAAUCGCAUGAAAGCUCUUCAAAUGGCCGAUUUGGGUACUGCUCGCCGUGAACAUAUAUCAACUGUUGACCGCCCAAACAAGCUUCAUCGCAUUGGUAUUCAGCAAAUCGAAGCUAUUCGAGACUCUAAUCGCAAAGGGACUGAGGCAUACACCCUUGCUGAGACCAACAGAGAGAAACUAAACAGCUGGGCAACUUAUCAUGAAACGCUCGAGGAGAAUAUGGAUGCGGAAAACCUUGAUCCACUACUGGAUGGACAAACACAUAGACUGGCCCUCGAGGCUAAGAUUAAAGGAACUAAUUUGGACCAUCCUGCUAGCUCAAGUAGAGGAAAGAGAGCCACUCGUGGGGCUCUGCACAGUGGUCGCGGAGGUGGUGCCGCCGGAUCUCGUGGCCGUGGCGGCACAAGCCAUCAAUCAAAUACCCGGAGCGGAGACAUAACAAAAUCGGACCCAAGUCGUUUGAGCCCCACUGUAUUCACACCAACUAAAAAGGCUCUUGCACCUCUUCCACAGAAGCCUUUGGAUCCAUCCAAAGACUGCAACAAUCCUCCAGCUACCCGUGGUAGAGCAGACAGAAAGAGAUAUGGAAGCUCGAGAAACCUACCUCCCGUUACGAAAGCCAGGCGUCCCGUCUUUGCUGCUCCUCCGAACAUCAAUUUCGAGUCACUGCUUGCAGAUGGAGAUGAUUUCAUGGCAGCUGUUGCUGGUGUCCAAUUUGCUACAGUUGCUAAACCAGCACAGCCACCAGAAACUCCCAAAGUCCCCGAAGCUCCAACUAAGAGCCAAGAUGUGUCUCCUGAUCCACCUAUGUCCCAGGAGCGUUCAGUUCCCUCUGAUAACUUUCAAAAAGACGUGCCAGAGCCUCCUCUGCAACAACCUCAGUCAGAGGUAAAGGCGGUUGUGCCAUCCGAGCCCAACGCUGAGGCUGCUGCCCCAGCAACAAACCUUAAGCCGGCUGCACCCUUGAGAAUAGAUGUAUUUACAAAUCCUUCCGAGAUCCGUGAUGGUCAGGGAGCUGACACUAUACCACUGAAGACAGACCAUGGAUUCGGUUCUUACCUACCACAACCACAGCGGCACUCUACAGACGCAGAAAAUCAUGAUGCUGACGACCUCUUCCUAUGCACAUCAUCUGAAGCCACUGCUGCCGCUCAGAUCGAGGAAGACAAAACCGAAGGAGUCAACAUCAGCACAAGCCUUCUUGAUAUAAGUGAUGGGCCUGAAGAUACGAUACCCCAGACCCAUCCUGCCCCCCAAUCUGCUCCCCAACGGGUCGAACCAAAGGAUGAAUCAAAUGCUACCAAAGAAGAACUUGCAAAGCUUACGAAAAUUCUUUCUAACCAGUCCUUACUUGACCCUGAAAUCGUUGUCUAUCUCCAAGAGAGAAGAGAACGCCUUGAAAAGGAUCUGGUGGAAAAGGAGCUAGCCAGAAACCCGGAAGUUGUCAAAACUGCUAUCCACACUGCCGAGCCGGGCAACACGAAGUCUAUCCAGUCUGGCGCAUCAAACCUUGUCGCCUCAGUAGCUACACCAAAUGCUCCAACUACUGCCAAUCUUUCUGAUAUCACUAACCGCAAUACUGGUGAUGUGGUUAACCCAAAUUCUAGUCUACGCAUCACACUAACCCUCCGCAGUGAAAACAUCAAAAAUGUGCCAAUGCCAGUUGAAGUAAAGAAGCCAGAGAUUCGAAACAGCAGCAAUAAUACCUUUGACCAUAAUAUUGUCUAUGCAAUUCCUGGAGCCUUUCCCUCCAAACCUCCAACAACAUCUCCUCACGACGUUCCCCUGAUCAUCGGCGACCAUCUUCUUCCUGGAAGGCCUAUGAAGAAAUGCGAACCGCCUCGGCCUAGUGCUCCAGUUUAUGAACCAAAGCUGCACCACCUUCCUGGAACUUUGAGUGGCAAUAGUAACCAGCCUUCUACAUCAAACCAAGCCCAUCAAUUUCAUGAGCCAAUGAUGUUCACAUACCACGCAACUUCCGGUGGCACGUCUGUCGCAACAUCUACUUCAUUUUCUUAUGCACCUCUGGGACCGUCGACUACAGGGAGCCAACCAGCCAUCAUUACUCACACUGCUCCUGUAUCCUUCGUUUCUCCUACGGGGUCAGCUGUCCUCAAUGCUCCCAAAUCCCGUUUCAAGAUGAGAGAUACCCCUCAGUUUCCAAUUAGCGCUGCUACGAUGCAAUAUUACUCGGGGACCUUCCUAGAAGAACAGAUGAAGCAACCAACCACCCCCAUCCGCAAGACAAACGAAAAUAUCAAUCCUGCAAUGGGCUUUGCUUCUUCACAGCCCAUAGAACCUGGCCAAAAGUCGGGCGACCACAGCCGAAACCAGUCUUUUUCCCUUUCCCCUGUUGCAAACACCUUUCGACCAGUUCUACAGAGCCGUAGCCCUAUCCCAGCUGCGUUUGGUGCUCCUAACUCUGGCCGUUCUGCAACCAGCCAUCACUCCAAGUUCUCAUCCACUGCUUCUGAGACACCUUGUGAGCCAAAAAGUGUUUUUGUUGCUGAGAUGGCAAAGCGUGGAGUGUCUGUUUCUGGAGCUCCAGUUAACAAUCAACCUGUUGAACGGAAGAAAAGUGGAAUGGAGAGCUCCAAGUAUGCUCACUGA